CUGACGGCCAUCCCGGGCGUCCGACUCCCGCCAUUGGCACGGCUUUGUCGAAAUGUUAUGUCCGCCUUCUCUUCUUUGUGCGACAUUGCCUGCUCGCCUCGCUCGUCGGGAGACUGUACAAGUCAAAGGGUCGCGCAUAUACGCUGAGAUCAAACGCAGCACAAAGUCAUCAUGGACGGGCACUUCUCGCAGUCUAAACUGAUAUGGAGCCCCUCUAGACCAUCGUAUACCUCGCUGGAGGUGUUCAGGCGUAUGGCCAAUCGCAAGCACGGGUUGGCCUUGAAGGACUAUCAUGAUUUGCACAGGUAUUCAGUCGAGAGCUACGACUUUUGGAUGGAUGUCUGGGAGUAUAUUGGUAUCAUCUCUUCCGUCCCUCCGAGCAAGAUACUCGAGGAGGGACGAAUGAAGGAGCUACCGACUUGGUUCCCGGGUGCCAGACUAAACUACGCAGAGAACCUGCUACAUCGCCGUGAUGACGGUGUCGCAUGCAUUGCCGCGAGAGAUUUUGGGACUGUUCAGCACUAUACGUACCGUGAGCUGCGAGAAAUGGUCAGAAGAUUAGCUGCCGCGAUGAGAGCGAAUGGCAUCGUGAAGGGCGACAGAGUUGCUGCUAUCGUCACCAAUAGCAUAGACGCAGUCGUCAUUGCGUUGGCAUCUGCCUCCCUGGGUGCUAUAUUCUCUAGCACAGCUCCUGACAUGGGCACUCACGGCAUACUUGACCGUUAUAGACAGAUACAACCCAAGAUUAUCUUCUCCGAGUCAGAAGUCGUCUAUGCCGGUAAAGCCUUCGACAUGGUGCCCAAAGUCUCGGAGGUCGCGAACGCUCUUGCGACGCAUGGUCUGCAGAGUGUAAUUUUGCUGCCCAGUGUUGCCGACGGCAAAGAAUUUUCGACUUUGCAAUUGGUCAAGAUCCCGAAGAGCGUCACCAUGUCCGCCUUUCUUGCCACCGGCGAAAAUGGUCCUUUGGUGUUUGAGCAGCUGCCGUUCAACCACCCGUUGUACAUUCUGUACUCAUCCGGCACAACGGGACCACCAAAGUGCAUUGUCCAUACUGCAGGAGGUGUUCUUCUCCAGGCCAAGAAAGACCUCCGCAUCUCCAUAGGCUUAACCUCAGACGACACGUACUUCCAAUUCACGACGACAGGCUGGAUGAUGUGGCCGUACAUGCUACAGGGCCUCGCGUGCGGCAGUCGCAUCGUCCUGUACGACGGCUCGCCCUUCCACCCUGACGUGCGAGACUUCCUCCGCUUCCUCAGUCGUGAAGGUGUCUCCGUUUGGGGGACGAGUCCGCGCUUCUUGAGCGAGGUGCAAGGGAAGGGAAUAGAGCCUUCCAAAGUGGCAUCGUUCGCUGCGCUUCGGACCAUCUCCUCGACGGGAUCGGUGCUGACGCCUCCGAUGUUCGAGUGGACUCAACAGGCGUUCAACCCAGAUAUUCACCUUCUGUCUGUGUCUGGCGGGACGGACAUCUGUGGUGCAUUCGUCGGUGGAGUUGCCGCUCUGCCUGUCUAUGCGGGAGAGAUCCAAGGCAAGCUCUUGGGCAUGAAGGUUGAGAUAUUCGAUGCCGACGGCAAGAACAUCGAGAAUACGGGUGUUCCUGGCGAGCUCGUCUGCACUAGACCGCACCCGUCGCAGCCGCUCGGCUUCUGGGGCGAUGACUCUGGAGAGAAAGUCCAGAAGGCGUACUUUUCUACUUAUGCUGGCGUAUGGCACCAGGGUGACUUCAUCGUCAAAAACCCGAAGACCGAUGGGUUGAUGAUACUUGGCCGGAGUGACGGUGUCCUGAACCCCAGCGGCGUCCGCUUUGGCUCAGCGGAGAUCUACUCCGUGCUCGAAGAUUUCUCCGACGCUGUCGACGACUCGCUGUGUGUCGGGCAGCGGCGGCCGCAAGACAAGGAUGAGCGCGUUCUCUUGUUCCUCAAGAUGCGUCCGGACCAUCCGCUCGACGAGGCUCUUGCAAACCGCAUACGCGCAGCGAUUCGGGCGGCACUCAGCCCGCGGCACGUGCCUGCGCACAUAUUCGAGGUUGACGAGAUCCCUUACACGGUGAACGGGAAGAAGAUAGAGAUUGCCGUGAAGCAGAUCGUGUCCGGGUCCACUCUCAAACCAAGCGGGACCGUCGCGAACCCCGAAUCUCUCAAACUUUACUACAAAUUCCGGGACCUCGAGGAUCUGCUGAGCAGCAAGGUCGUCAAGGCAAGGCUGUAGGGCUCGCAGAGACGCCUUACGUAGUUGCACUACGCCGCUUGUAGAAUAGAUGUGAGGUCACAACGAGCCAUUUCAGCAAUCACUGUUCCUAGUACUGUACUUGUCACCCCCAACCGACUGUACAUUCAACCCUGACUCCACUAGGACCG